CGCACACAUAUAUUUCCACCGUUUGAAAAAAACAUUACACAUUGCAGUAUCGUACACCAAACGUAAUCUUUUUCUAUUUUUAAUCGACUGUUAUUUAUACUUUACAAAAGAGUUUUAAAGUAUCUUUAAAAAAGAGAAAAAGAAUCCAUUUAUCGAAUGCAAUUAAAGUAGCUGAUUUCUUACAAGGUUGGCACUUCAGUUUUAUGAUACCAAAUCUUGUAAGACGAAAUGUCUAAUGGACACUGUCUAUUUUGUUAUCUGUACAUUGUCUGUGAUAUUUAAAAUGGCAUUGCCUGGAAAGAGAGUAUUCGUUACUGUUGGCACAACCAAAUUUGACGAAUUAAUUGAAACAGUACUUAAUUCAGAAAUUUUAGAGGCAUUAUCAUCAAAAGGAUAUAAUGAGCUAAUCCUUCAAAUUGGUAAAACUUCAUAUGUACCAAAUUGCAUACCAUGUUGUGGUUUCAUUACCAUAGAAUAUUUCACUAUAAGUCCAAAUAUACUUGAACAUGUAAAAGCUACAGAUCUUGUUAUAAGUCAUGCAGGGGCGGGAAGUAUUCUUGAUUCUUUGGAAAAUAAAAAGAAUUUGAUUGUGGUUGUAAACCAGAAUCUAAUGGACAAUCAUCAAUUGGAAUUAGCUGAACAACUUUACAUAGAUAAACAUUUAUAUUACUGUACCUGCGAAACCUUGUCACAUACUAUCCAAACAAUGGAUUUUAGUUCAUUGAAACCUUUUGUUAAUUACAGAAAUACACACAUUGCUGAUCAAAUAAACCAAAUAAUGGGGUUUUGAACAUAAAAAGAACUUUAUAGAAUUAAAAUAUUUCAUUAUGGCCAU